CAACGACGCCCAAUCGGCCAUCUCCUCGCGGCGAAGAAUUUCCCCGCAAAUGGAGGCGGCGGGCUUCGCAAUCGGCGUCGUCGGGCUUGCCGGUCUGUUUAAGAGCUGCAUCGACCUGCUCUCGCUGGUCAGCGCCACGAGGUCGCUGGCCCGCGACUACGAGAUCGUCUUCGCCAAAUUCGAGCUGGAGAAGGCAUGCCUCCUGCAGUGGGCGCGCCAGGUGCGCCUCCUCGACCGGGAAUGCUAUGACCGGCGGCUGGACGACCCCGCGACAUUCGCCGUCGUGCGGCAAACCCUAUCGAGUGUUCAGCUUCUCAUGACGGAGUGCUCGACGCUUAAGGAACGCUACGGCUUGCGGCCGGCCGACCCGUCGUCCUUCUCCUUUGACCCCAGAUUCGCGCCAAUCAGCAAGCAUCCGCUCGAGAGAUUCGCCGACGAGUUCAGGAGCCUGAAGAUUCGGGUGGGGGAUAGGCCCGCGGGCGUCGCCCUCCCUGGACGGAUCAAAUGGGCUCUGACGGACAAGGCCAAGUUCGAGACGCUCGUGCACGGCAUCUCGCAUUUUGUCUCCAAGCUGCACGAGCUGUUCCCCGACUGCGGGCCCCGCGACAGCUCGGAUGGUCUCAAGCGCAUCGUCACCCAAGACCUGGGUGAGAUUCACGACACCCGGCUCCUGCGCUGGGUCUGCGAUGCCGCCGCAGGCCGCCGCGACGUCGUAGCCGAGGCCGUGGUGGAGCGCUACGAGGCGGUGUGUCGUAAGGAGGUCCUGGAGCUUCUCUGGUUCCGGAGCAUGGACGACCGGAGAGACGGGGUCGCGCCGGCGCACGCGGCGACCUUCCGAUGGGCCUUGAAUGCGAAGAGGCCAGACCGCCAGGCCGAAUGGGACGAUCUGUCUGCGUGGAUGCGCGCGGGCUCGGGCGUUUACUGGAUUUCUGGCAAGGCCGGCAGCGGGAAAUCGACCUUGAUGAAAUACAUCUUUAGUAGCAGCGAAACCCAGCGGCUGCUUCAAGCUUGGGCCGGCGAUCUCGACCUAACCGUCGGCUCCUUCUUCUUCUGGGCCCUGGGCACUACCGACCAGCAAUCGCAAGGCGGCAUAUCCCGGGCGGUUCUCUAUCACUUCCUGGACACGGAGCCGGCACUAAUACCCAUCGUCUUGCCCCGGCUGUGGAAAGACAUGUUUGAGGGCCAUCGCUCGAAUCCAGCACCGCCAUCCCCGCCAUCCGCAGCAGAACUCUCCUCGGCCCUCGAAAGCUUUCAAAAGCAUCCCUUACCCAAACGCAAGUUUUGCUUCCUCAUAGACGGCCUGGACGAGUUCUCUGGCAAUUACCUUAACGGGGUCCCCAUUAUCAAGCGCCUUACCACGAAUCCCCACAUUAAGGUCCUCGUUUCCAGCAGGCCCAUUCCAGUUUGUGCCGCUGGCUUCGAAAACUGCCCGAAGCUACGGCUCCAAGAUCUUACCAGGCCAGAUAUUACCCGCUAUGUCGAGGAUACGGUAGGCUCGCACCCAUAUAUGUUGACGCUGCAGUCGUUCGCGACCGGCGAGGACGCGAACCCGAGACCCAUCCCCGCCCAGCUGGUCGACAAAGCAUCCGGGGUGUUUUUAUGGGUUAUCCUCGCCUGCCGUUCCGUCCUCGAAGGUUUUGCGGCCUACGACCAUGUCGACGAAUUGCUCCGCCGCGUCGACGAGCUCCCACUUGAGCUGGGAGAGCUGUUCCAGCAAAUGCUGCAGAAGGUUGACGCGCGGUACCACGAGGAGAUGGCCAAAAUCCUCAAAAUCUGCUACCAAAAAAUACAGGUUGCCGAGCUGCACAGCCACUUUACAGAACCGACCGUUUACACCCUCAGCCUCGCAAUUCUCGACGGGUCCAGAAUGGACUACAAAAGAGCGAUGCCGCUCAAGCGCCUCUCCCUACAGCAGCAGCGGGCCAUGUCCGCGUCCCUGGAAGGGAGACUCCGCAGCCGCUGCGGCGGCCUCCUCGAGGUACGACAGGCACGCCGGUGCCCCCGCUGGCCGACGUCGUCUCGAUGCCUCUGCAGGACCACCGGAUCGGCGCACGACCGGCUCGCGCACUCCACCGUCGAGUUCAUUCACAGGUCGGUCUACGAUUUUUUAGAGCGGGGAGGCCUGGGUCUGCCGUCGCUCUGCAUCUCGGACCCGUCCUUCAGCGCCAACGCCGCCGUGUCGGUGAUGGAGCUCCAGCUGGCGUCGCUCGGCAUCGCCGCGAACGGGCCCGACGGGCUGUUUCUGACGCUGUUCGACGAGUUGGUUGCUAGUGCAUCUCUGUUUGCGAGACUCUGCGGGGAAGAGUCCGCGGACGCGGCCGCUGUCGUGCUGCCCAGGUUGCGGAGACUCCAGCAAGUCGGGUGUCGGGCGCUACCGCUGGAGGACUUACUUGCUUCCGGAUCUUGACACGCGCUACAAACAGGAAGAUUGUAUGCUUCGCGAGAGUUACCAAAUCAAACAGCAGCGAGGCUACCUAUCAACGAAAUCAAGCUCGUACUGGAAUCCCAGGGGAGCACUGAAACGGGGCGCCAACUUUUGCGGCGAGCUCGAUCACCGCGAUGGCGCUCGCUGCUGCACCUAAUCCCUCCAUCGCGGCGGGCGUUUGGCACGAUACGAAGCCGAACGGUCGAAGUCAACAGUCAACCGAGGAUUUGAGAUGUCGCUAGUUUGGGGGAAACAUCAAAUUCCACAUAAGCAGUCGCGAGGCCUGUGUCUUUUGGAUUGGUACGGAUGAGAGGGGUACUGCAGUUUGGGCAGUAACCUCUCUCUGUUGGGCAUCCGGCCUAGACAGCUUUCGCGUAACUUAUCGAGGUGCCGUCCUCGAAGGUGGGGAUGUAGAAUGGCUCCUAGCACUCCAAGUGAGCCGAGCUACCAUGGCCCCCGGAAAAGGGCCUGCAGUGUCACUGUGACAGCUACUAGCAAAACUGCAGUUAGUUACCAGUACAUUGUGAGUUUUGUUUGCUGUGCGCGACCAACCUGUGACCCCAAUCGACUAAUUCGCCGCUCCUGUUCCUCGGUUGAUUAAAUCGCUGCAGGGGCUCAGGACGUUGG